AUGGGCGGCUUCACUCAGUGGGCUAAAGGUGGAGGAAAGGGCGGCGGCGACCGCCAGGGUCGCGCCCCACAGCGAGGUGGUUACGGUCAAGGUGACCGCGGUACUGGCUCUGCGGCGGCCCCGCGGAGUGGCGCCCAGGCCAGCCAAGGCGGUCGCGGGGGCGACAAUGCAUCGCGCCGCGGUCGCAGAGGUGAGUCGGCCGCCGUGGAGCUCGAGCGGAAAGUCGUGAGGGCCCUUCGCCACGGGACCUUCGGCUUUUCCGGCCGCUUCGAGCUGGGCGGCUACCUCGCGAAGAGCGACUUGUGCAGUGCUCUUCGUUUCUCGCUCCAGGAGCUGUCAGAUGCUCUGGACGAAGACGCCCGCGGUCGCAAGACGCGGAUAGAUCAGUCGCGGUGGGGGUUCCUGCGCGCUUACCAAGGUCAUAGCUCCGAUUGCGGGCAUGACCUUGAGUACAUGAGCCCGGCGCUCACUGGGGCGCAGAUCGACGAGCUCGUGUCUCAGGCAGGUCAGUACGCCUACCACGGCACUGACUGCCAUCUCGCGGAGCAGAUAUGCUCGCGAGGGUUGCUUCCAGGAGGCGGCCCGGGAGGGCGCCUCGCGUGCCAUUUCGUCCUGGGCGACAUGCCCUCGCAAUGGUCGGAGCAACGAGGAUUCAGGAAGGGAUCCAAUGCGGUCGUGCAGGUUCACCUGCAGACCUUGCGCCGUGAUGGCGUGGCCCUCUGCAAAGGUGCUGGGGGCACGCUCUUGACCGGACCGGACCUCUACGCAGAGGCUGAGGCCGCGGUUGAGGAAGAAGAGCGUCGUGCCCGCCAGGCGGACGCUCCCGUCGCCGGCGGCGGUCAGCCGGGGCGCGUCGAGGAGUCCAAGCCGGAGGCCUCCGAGGAGGAGAGUCGCACUAGCUCUGCGGCUCGCGACGAGCGCGGAGCUAGCGCCGAGGUGGAGGAUCCCUCGCAGGGCUGGCGCCGAGCUCGAGAAGGCCGAAGAGCUUCUCGCGAAGGCCAAGAAUCCCUGUUCAAAGCAACUGACCUUCCGUUCGUUGGUAUCUAA